AGGGAAUUUUUGUUACCUGCAUUUUUUGUUGUUAUUUUUCAUUCUUUGUAUUUUUUUUAUUGAUAUUUAGUUUAUGAUCAUGUGUUGAUACCAAAAGGUCAUUGUAGUGUGUGAUUUAGUGAUUUGGGGCUGCUAAUUUUUUGUACCAGUUUUUUGUACUUUUAUAUGUUAUUUUAUGUUUUUCUUCUGUUCUCUGAUAAAUUGUCCUUGAAUUUAAUCGGUUUUAUUUUUUUAUAUAUUUGAGGGGAUAAAAAGCUUAAUCUGGGAUGUGUGCCCAAUCUAAAUGUAAUGUGGUCUCUGGUUUUUGCUUUUUUCCAUCUUUUUUUUUAAAACUCUGGUUUUAUAUUUGAAAGAUGGUAGCUUUGCUUAAUGAUUUUGAGAAGGUAAAUAGAAUUAAUUUAGCUUUAUUGGGUUUUUCUGUUGUUCUGUCUAUCAUUUAUGGUUAUUGUUUGGGAUUUUUUCAUUCCAUUGCUGCAUUGUUAUCCUUUUGUUUUAAACUCGUUUUAUUCUUUUUUUCCUUCUAUGAUUUAUUGAUGCAUAAUAGAUGGUGGCUAUGGUAUUUUAUCCAAUCCUUGGUCAAAAAAACCACCCCCUUCAUAAAAUAAAAGAAACGUAAUAUACCCAUAAUUUGUUUUGGACCAAUAACUACACGGCGGUGUGCAAACUGUGUACACAGGGAAAUAUAGUAAUUAAUUUCGUGCACAAGAUGUUUGUGAAUGUUUUAUAGUGAUUUUCUUUUCAUGUAAAUUCAUCGACCAAGAAAACUUGGGUCUUUUGGCAUUUUUCCCUGUUUCCUAGAAUCAUUAUUUAUUCUAUAUCAUUUCUAAUUGUAUAACAUAUACUAAUUGUGAGUAUUUUUAUUACCUGUGAAAAGGUAACUAGUGCUGUAUUUAAAUUUUUUAUGGUGCAUAAUGUGGUAGCUCAGUGCUCAAAGGUAAUUAUGUAUGAUUCAUAUGGUCAUCAUAACACCAUGACCAUGAUGUUAUCACCAUCCCAUCAAUGGGUUGGACAGUGAUGGAGGGGAGUUGGCCCAUCAUACAAUAUAUAUAAUAAAUGUAUGCUCCUGAUUUCUCGCGAUCAUGAUCGAACCAAUUAAUUGGACGGUGAUAAAAUACAAGGUCUUGGGAGUUUGGUAGCUGCCAUGACUUCAAUUCUUCAGAAAAGGAAUAGAGGGGAGGGGCUAUUCAGCAUGCGUCUUUUCUACACAUGACGUGUCUUAAAUCAGGAAGAAAUCAGAAGAAGACCAGCAUAUGUGUUUUAAACUCUCGUCGUUAUAUGCAUAUGGAUGAUCCCAGAUCACUUCCAGGUGAUGCAGAUUCUUCUCUGGUAUCCGGAAAUGAUCAGCCUUGUGUGGUUCCAUCCAAGAUAUUAAAUGGAAGGAAGCCUAUUGUAUUGCCUAACAGUGAUAUAGAUGGACUCUUGGAGUGCCCUGUAUGCAGCAGUUCGAUGUAUCCACCAAUUCAGCAGUGUCCAAGUGGCCAUACCAUUUGCUUCGACUGUAAAGCCAAAGUGAACAACAAGUGCCCAAUUUGUAGAAAAGAGAUCGGUAACAUAAGGUGCCUUGCUUUGGAGAAGUUAGCUGUCUCUCUCCACUUGCCUUGUGCUUAUCAUAGGUUGGGGUGUGAAGAAAUGUUUCCAUAUUACACCAAGCUGAAGCAUGAGGAUCAGUGUGUGUUUAGGCCCUAUAGUUGCCCACACCCUGGCUCGGAUUGCCCUGUCACAGGGGAUGUCCCAACUUUGGUUGCUCAUUUGAGGGAGGUCCACAAGGUGGACCUUCAGACUGAGUGCACCUUCAACCACCGCUACGUCAAAAAGGAUCCCUGUGCAGUUGAUAAUGUGUCGUGGACUUUAACUCUUUUCCACUGCUUUGGCCACUACUUUUGCCUCCACUUCGAAGCAUUCAGGCUCGGUGGUGAGGCUGUAUACAUGGCAUUUGUUAGGUUCAUGGGUGAGGAGAGUGAGGCCCGAAAGUUCAGCUAUUGCCUCGAGGUUGGAGGCAAUGGUCGAAAGCUCACGUGGCAAGGGGUGCCGAGAAGCAUUAGAGAUGGACAUCGAAAGGUGAGGGACAGUCAUGAUGGCCUCAUUUUGCAAAGGAGCUUGGCUCUCUACUUCUCUGGUGGUGAUAGAAAAGAGCUCAAGCUUAGGAUCACUGGUCGAAUAUGGGAAGAGCUAUGAUGUGUGAGAGAGAGAGACACUAAUGCCUGGAGGUUGUAUUUUUGUACUCCUCUCUCUCUCUCUCUCUCUUAUGGUUCCAGAGAGAGAGAGAGUCUAAUGACUAAGAGUUUGUGUUUUUGCUCCUCCCUCUCUAAUGGCUAAAAAGAGUUUGUAUAUUUUGCACUUCUCCUUCCACUUGUAGGAGAGGAAAAAUGAUAAUGUUACCUUCUACGAAGAGGACAGUGAUGAUACCUCUUUCAUGUGCUUUUAUUUUAAGACAAAGUUUA